UCCACUAACAACACGUAAAACCAAAACAGUUCCCGCUACAUUGCUGCUGUUGUGUUAUUAUUAUCCAAUUAUUACCAAUUAAAUUUGUCCAAUUCAUCAAAUUAUUGCAUUUAAAUCGUAUUUUAAGGUGACAAUUGACUCGGAAAAGGUGAAAAAUCCGCCCAAAGUCGCGUCGAAUGCAGAAAAAAACGCUUAAAAAUCCAAAAAAUUGUUAAAAAAGCAGAAAACAACAGACGAAGAAAUAAUCCAUCUCUGUGCCAAAAGGAAAAAAAGUUAAAAAAUUGAAAGAAAAAAACAAAAAAUGUCACAAAGGUGUGAAGAGGAUUAAUAUUUUACGACAACAACAGCUCAUAAAAUUGAGAAGAGAGAGAUUCCGGAACGAACACAAAAAAUGAUGUAACUCUGUUUAGCGGAAGAAAUUUAAAAGACUUAAGCAAAAAUAAGAUAAAACGAUGGAUUCCAAACAACAAGAUCAAGAUCUCGUCGAUGCCAUGAACAAUCUCCAAAUGUCGGGCAGCGGCGGCACUCUCGACAAAUCUCUUCCCGGAUCGUAUCGCGAAGGAAGCGAUAGCGGCGUCGAAGCUUCCGGCCCCAGUCUCAUGCGCGAACUCAGCAACAACAGCAACGACUAUGCCAGCAGCGGAAUUGGGCAUGCAACUGAUAACGAAACGGGCAAUACAACAACAACAACUACAUCUUGCACUUCGAGUAUGAUAAGUUGCUCUUCGGAUUUCCCCACAGAAGAUACUGUCGUCAACAAAAUCGAAUGCGCGAGCGAAGGAGGCAGCGAAAGUUCAAUUUUACUCGAUUUAGACAAGAAACCUGUGAACGCGAAUGGAACAUUAACUCGACGUCGCUUGAAUUUCAAAGAGGAAAAUCGAAGACACACGAUAACUUCUGGUCCAAAUUUGCUGACUUUGGCUCGAGCACGUUCUCGAGACAAAUCUUCGGCAGCAGCCCAAGUUGAAACAGCGAAAAAACAAGAAACGCCAUCACGAAUGUCGACUUUGACACGAACGACGUCAAUGAAUCGCGCUUGUAGUGCAGUUAGAACGCCCGGAACGCCCACAACUGAAGACGGAAGAUGGCCUUCGACAAUUGGAAGGACAAAUUCUCGCGCAAGUAGCGUCGCUCCUGUGUCAAUGUCGUCUUCCGCUGGUAUGUCAACCCUUCCGAGACGACGUCGCGUGGAUGGCGAAGAGCGUUCGAGCAUUUCUCGCAGCAGCAGUAUCUCCCGAGAUCCCAUGAGUAUCUCAAUGACAGGCAGAAUUCCGCAAAAAGCGCCGAGUUUUCGUGCCGGAAAGUCGUCGAGAACGAAAAUUUAUCAUGAGACUGGAAUGCAAACCGCUAUCACGGGCGAAGAUUUGGAACGGGCAGUUGCCAAAGGCACAAAACUCGACGUUGACAUCGAAAAAAAUGCCGUCGAGACGAAGACCAAAGAGACCCAAGCCGACAUUCGUGACAGAGAAAUGGAAAAACUCGAAGCCAAGUUGCGUGACGUGCAACGAGAAAACGAGAUAAAGACUUUACGGAUUCAGGAGUUGGAGCAACAAGUAGCCAAAGACACGGAAAUUCGUCAAUUACUCGACAAGCAAAAUCAGGAGCACUCGAGUAAGCUUCUUGCGAUUAUGGAACCAUAUCAAACGUCGAAUUCGAGUCAGUCGGGCGACGAAACGAUGUCUUACGGCGAUAUUUUGGUCGUUCUCGAGAUGCAACUCAAAUCCAACGAAAAAAUCAUCCGAAAACAACAAGAAGAAGUCAAACGCUUGCAAAAUACGUGCUGCGCUCUUCAUCAAGACCUCGAAAAAUCCUUCGCUGUUCAACAAAAUCUCGUCAAACAAAAACGCGAACUCGAAGAAGAAUCAACCGAACUUCACGAAUUCUUGCAAGCGGAAAAACUCGCCUUUGUUGAUGCCCUAAAAGAGUCGGAAAACGAAGUCAGCAGCAUCCGGGAUGAAUUGACGCGUAAAACGACAGAAUUGGAAAAGCAGCAGGAGGAAGUCAGACAUCUUGUGCGAGUCAAUGAGCAACGGAGGCAAGAGCUGAUCGGGAUGCAAGCCAAACUUUGCGGUUUAGAGAAUCGCAGUAAGGAUCUUUUGUGUCAACAAGGCACUGCAGUGUCAGAUGCUUCGUGCGCUUUGGCUGAUUUGAGUGCCCGAUUGGAGAAUUUGGUAGAAUCUUUGUUGAAAUCGUAUGAAAUCUCGGAGCAGGAACUCGGAGAAUUUGCAGGAAAUGACGUUCAAAUGAACACGGAGUCGCCGUGUGUUUCGCCGACGCAGCAGAGAAACCAAAGUUUUCUUACGGCAGUUGUUAAUGCGAUUAAAAGUGCAGCGACGAGUGCGAGACAGAGUGUUCAAAGUAAACACACGAAUGGAAAUGAUGACAAAUCCGACUCCACAGAGAUGCUUGACUCCGAAACGGAGCCCUGCUUAAUGAUGGAAAACGUUUUGGAAGAUGUUCACGUGCCGGAUUCGCACUCGCAAAAUCUAGUCUCGACAAGUCAAAUCAUGUUAUCGCACAUUGAGAUGCCGCCCGACAUGUAUCGCCAAGACGACUCCUUGAACAAUCUCUCGGAAGCCAUUGCGAAUCGUCAACAACUCGAACUUAACGAGUUGGCAAACAGUAUUCGGCCUGCAAUUGACGACUUGAGUCCCGUUUCGAACGAAUCUUUGUUGGAUCAACCGUCAAUUAGCGAAUUUUGUACCGCACAUGCACUUGUUGAUCAAGUCUUGGAGAUUGAUUGUCUCGUCACGAAACUCCUGAAGGUAUUGCGGAUCGUUCAAAUGAACAGCGAUUGCUGGAUUCAAGAGCUUUUAGUUGAAAAGGAAAAGUAUGAAAAAACGGAAAAAAGUACACGAAUGGAGGAGUUGGAAGAAGAAAAUGCGACAAUUAAGAAGGAGUUGAAAGAAGUUUCGUCUCAAUUGCUUCAAAAAAAUACGGAUUUAGUCAAUUCCAAGUUUGAGCUUCAACGACAUCGAUUGGAAAUUGACAAACUCAACCAAGACAUUUGCAACUUGAGCACCCUUUGCAGCAGUCAAAAAUCGGGCAAAACUGAUGCCAAAGCGGAAGAUACUACUCAUCCCACGGACCUGCCCGAUUGGAAAAAGGCAAUUCUCGAAGCCAAACGUCAAUACGAAGCCAUCGAUCACGCAUUGGAGAUCCUGAAUUCCGUACAAAGUGUCGUCGAACAAUGUCCCGCCCUGAAAUCGUUGCAACAAAAUUUAGAAGCAACCAAUUUCGAGGCAGCUACAUCUUUGCCGCUGUUAAAUGCAGUCUUAGUGGCUUCUGUUAACAACGGAAAUUACUGCAACGAUACAAACGGAAACGCGAAUGGAGGCAAUGUCACGCCCGAAAACGGAAAUUCCGUCACAAAACUUCAACUUAGUCCUGUACAUGAUCAAGCGAUCGACUCAACGGCUUAAAAAAAAUUUUCUCUCUUUAGAUUUUAAGAAUUUUUCACCUCGGUUGUGUUUCCUAAGUAUUUUCCCGCGAUUUUUUUUUUCAAAAAAAUUAUCAAAGACACUCGUUGUUGUUCCAUUUACACAAAAAAUUCAGUAAUAUUUACUGAGCACUGAUUUACAAAAAUUUUUUUUUUCAUCCAAGGCACGUUCGAAGUGCUUGACAUUGAUAUUAUUAAAAAUUUUUCGUUUAAAAUUAAGUUUAAAAAAAUUAAGAUUUAGAUUUUAAGACUCAAAUUUUCAUCCCUCCUACUUUUUCUUGCCGAUUCCUUCCCAGUUUCUUGCCUACUUAAUAAAAAAAAUUAAAAAUUAGCAAAGACAAAAUGAAAGACUUGAAAAGCGAGCAAGGAACGAUCGUUAGAAUUAAAAAAAUAUCAAUUUACGUCCAAAAAUUUGUUCAUUUAUGAAAAAUUAUGCUGAAGCUGUAAAUUUUUGGGCUUUAAAAAAAAUUAAAAUUGUUCAGUAGGUAGCGAAUUUUGUUAAAAAGAGAAGGAAAAAUGAUAUUUUUCAAAUUAAUUGACUUUUAAUAUUAUCGACCAUUAAAAAUAAAAAUAAAUAAAAAAAAAAAUGAAGAGA